AUGUUAUUUAUAAGACGUGUUCAGCGUUUAUCUAAACUUAUUGACCAGCCUUCUGUGAUUAAAUGCCGAUGCUACUCGGCAUCGUCCAGAAUUAUUUCAAUCAAAGAAAAGUUAAAAGAUGGACCAGGCUUGAAAGAAUUUAUCAUUGAAGACAAUCAACCGAUCCUCACAGAUAGUCCUCAUAUACCUUAUUUGAUGGCAAAUGUGAAAACACAAACCAAACGAAAGGUUUUCUUUGAUGUAUACGGCUGUCAAAUGAAUUUGAAUGAUACUGAUAUUGUGUGGACCAUUUUGAAAAAAGAAGGUUUUGAAAAGACCACAAUAGAAAAUGAAGCUGAUAUUUUUCUAGUUAUGACAUGUGCAAUAAGAGAAGGAGCAGAAACUAAGAUUUGGCAUCGUUUGGACCAUUUGAGAGGGUUUAAGAGACGCGCGAAAAACCGUGAUGUAAAAAUAGGUAUUUUGGGAUGUAUGGCUGAGAGAUUAAAGGAGAAGUUAAUUGAGAAGGAGAAAGCUGUUGAUAUUGUGGCUGGUCCUGAUAGUUACAGGGAUUUACCUAGAUUACUGGCACUCACUGAGAAUGGUCAAACAGCUGUCAAUGUAUUGCUAUCAUUAGAUGAGACAUAUGCUGAUGUAGUGCCUGUCCGAUUAAAUCAAGACAGUGUGUCAGCAUUUAUAUCGAUAAUGCGCGGCUGUGACAACAUGUGCACCUAUUGCAUCGUCCCCUUUACUCGAGGUAGAGAACGCUCACGACCAGUCUCCUCCAUAGUGGACGAAGUACGCCAGCUUGCAGACCAGGGGGUUAAGGAAGUGACAUUGCUGGGGCAGAAUGUGAACAGUUAUAGAGAUGUGACGCAGGCUACGGAGAAGGUAGACACUCAGGUUGCAAAAGGUUUUAGAACAGUAUACAAGACCAAAAAGGGAGGGUUGAGGUUUGUUGAUCUCCUGGAGAAAGUGUCGGCUGUUGAUCCUGAAAUGAGGAUUAGGUUCACUGCAGCACAUCCAAAAGAUUUUCCUGAUGAGGUGCUACAAAUAAUAUCAGAACGCCCCAACAUCUGCAAGCUGCUCCACUUGCCGGCGCAGUCCGGCUCCAGCGCUGUCCUGGAGCGCAUGAGGCGCGGGUACACCCGCGAGGCGUACCUGCAGCUGGUUGAACAUGUCAAGAAAACCAUUCCUGGAGUUGGUCUAUCAACUGAUAUGAUCUGCGGUUUCUGUGGGGAGACAGACGAGGAGUUUGAAGAAACUCUGUCUUUGAUGGAGAUGGUCGACUACAAUAUCGCUUUCUUGUUUCCUUAUAGUAUGAGAGAGAAAACAACAGCGUAUCGUCGAUAUAAAGACGACGUGCCCGAUCAUAUAAAAAAGUAUCGCCACAACCGUAUGAUCGACAUCUACAAGCGAAAGUGCCAACUACUAAACGAAGCGGAAAUUGGCAACACUCACUUAGUACUCGUGGAAGGUGUUGCCAGGAAAUCGGACAAAAUACUUGGAAGAAAUGAGUUGUAUUUGAGAGUUGCUUUCGAUCAGACUGCGAUACCAUCGGAAGAUGGGGGAAGGAGGGAGGUGAAGCCUGGGGAUUAUGUAGCUGUGGAAAUUGUUGGGGCGAGGUCCGCCACGCUAUUGGGUGUGCCGUUGUAUCAUACGAGUUUAAGUGCAUUCUAUCGAGAGCAUCAGUGGGGUGAAAGACGGGCUGUAAAUUAG